AUGGGCGAGCUGGAAGCAGCAGAAAGGGAGCUGGAGCAUUUCGCUUCGUCUGCUCGAUCAGGGCGACGCAACGCUCUUCCUGAAAUUGAGGUUCCUUUUUCAUUUCUAUAAUUUGGGAACCGGAAGCUUCAGGUGGAAUCGAACGAUCCGGAUGCAGCGCAAUUGGCCGAGCGCCUAUCGGAUAUGACAGCAAAAUGUGAAGGCGAGGAGGAACGCAAAAAACAGCAACAAGGUUGGAUGCAUUCAUACUCGUCUCCAAUUUCGUCUCUGUUCAACAAUAUUUUUUGAGUCUCUCACUAUGAUUGCGGAAAGGGUUUCCAUGUAUUGAUUGGAUUUGCAGACGAAUACAAAAAGUACUUCCUGGGAAAAUAGCAAUUUUUGUCAUAAAACUCUGGGCAUCCACGUUUCUAAGAGACGUCGCCCAGGCAACUCUCAGAACAGUGGGAAACGGAAAUUACUUCAGAGCAGUCGCAUCCAAAAGAGAGAAAGUCAUGA